CUUUCUUACUAUACUUCAGAGCUGAAAGACGAUUUGGCUACCUUCUACAAAACAAGACACAGUAAAAUACCACUGUCACCGCUAGUCAAGGGACACGAUACUCCACUUGUAGAUUUUUACAUUUUGCCUGAAAUGAAUUUCAUUGAAAAGAAAAAGCCAGCUGGGAAAGAGACUAAAACUGCUGUCAUAUCGUUGUCGGAUGUAUUCCAGUCUAAAAACAGUUGUGAAAUAUAUUUAACCGCUGAUGCUGGAUUUGGAAAAACUGCAUUUUCAAAAUAUCUUGCUAUCACGUGGUGCCAGGCUCAUCGUCCCGAAAUGAAAAAGUACUUAUCAGAAGAUGCGAUAAAAUCCAUGCGUGAUUUUGAGUUUUUGUUUCUUGUGUUAUUGCGGGGUUCUUCUGAUGAUUGCAGUAUUGAUGAUUUGAUAAUGAAUCAAAUUAUACAAAAUUUGUCACGGUCUUUCAAAAUGACAAUAGAAACUCUACAGGGAAUUCUGCACCAGGAAAGAACUUUGAUUAUCCUGGAUGGGCUAGAUGAGUGGAUCCAUCCUGAAAAGAAAUGUACAAAAAUACCAAAAACAAUCCCACAUCGUAAUGCACGUGAAAAGUGUGUAAUCCUUACAACAACAAGACCUUGGAAAUUAGCUGUGUUGAAUCUUGAAAUAGAUAAGAAAGUGGAGCUAGUAAAACUCAACUCUGAGUCAGCACAGACAUUAGAGGAAAGAGCAAUUUCAAAAAUACAGAAUCUCGAUGUUGCUAAAGCAAAAAUCACGGCCAAACAAUUGCAUAAAAAAAUCAAAGAAAAUAAACUCGAGCAUCUGGAAUCCGUCCCCCUUCUUUCGAUGUAUCUCAUUUGUUUAUGGUGUGAAGAUAUUCCACUAGGACAGUCCAAAUGUGGACUUUAUUCAAGCAUUAUUGAACUCCUGCUGUCAAGACCGAUAAGCAAACAUCCGGAAGUGGAACCAACGGGCGAACCUUCCCAGAGUGAUAUCCCACAAUGCUUUAGUAAACAUGAACAUUGUAAUCAAUAUUGCACAUAUCUGAAAGCUUUAGGAAAAUUAGCACUUGAAACUUUAUUCAAUGAAACAAAGGAGAACACUCUUGUUUUUUACAAGUCAGUGGCAGAGAAACAUCUAACCCCAGAGUAUUUGAAAUUAAGUUUUGACUCGGGAAUAUUAACGCAAAGCACAGAAAAGACACUUAUCAAACAAAUUUCUAAAGUUUCAUUUCCACACAAAACAGUUCAAGAGUUUUUUUGUGCAUUGUACAUUAGCUGUCAAAAUGAAAGUGAUGUAAAAAACAUUGUUCUAAACAAAUGCAAAAGUUUGCAAAGUAUUCUUGACAUGUCGACAGUGCUUGUUUUCAUCAGCGGAAUGGUGAAUGCAGAAAUCAUUUCCUCAAUAUCACAGGAAUUUCUUUCUGUUAUCAGCGAAGAUAAGAUAACGAACGAAUACAGAUCCACGACUGGUGACUGUAAACCUCUGAAAGACAUACAAGACAUGUACAUUUCUUGUAUGAAAGAAAACACGAGUGAUAAAGAACUCAAACUUUUCUGUCAAGAUUUUUUCAUUAAUGAAGAUUGUGGAGAAGAAAAAUACUUUUCAAAUUUAACACGGCUCGCGUUACACAAUAAAAACAACAUGGCGUCAAUAAAUAUCAACACACCAGACAGUGGUCGUAGUUUACGUGAAAUUAUCGGUUGUUGUGCAUUGCACGAACUGUUCCAGAUCAAUAAAAUAUGCUACUGGGGUCACGGAGAACAAGACCAAAUUCCGGUACUGUUGAACAAGUCGUCGAAAUCUGUCACUAUUGGAUCAUCUGGUUCUUGGAGCCGUGAAAUGUUGGAAACAUUACAGAAUAAUUCUCUGUUACAAGCAAUUUGUAUCGACGGUUUCAAGAUGAGUCACGAUGAACUGAAUGAGUUUCUGAAUUAUACUAUAAACAGAAAAACAAUGACGGAGAUUAUAUUGUGGCGCUUAUGGUGUACCGAGCACAGGUAUUCGUGUACUUUCAGUUUAGAUUUUAGUCAGCAUUCAGAUCUAAGGAAGUUAGAAUUAUUCGAGAUACCUGUGUCACAAUUGAAAGUUAAUAGUCAAGUGAAACACGUGAAGUUGCAGUUUAUCAAUCUAGGUGAAAGGUCGCUGCCUCCUGAAAUGGCGAAUAUUGAAAGUGUUUAUUUGAAGGAUGUAAACAUGUCUGCUUCAACAUUGCGUGAUCUCGUUAAGGUAGUGGAGAAACUUUCACACAAAGUCGCAGUAGCAAUACGCCACUGUACGAUAGAACCGGAAACAGAGUUUGUACACGUUAAACAAUAUAUAGACUCAUCUCAGAAUUUCCGAGUUACGGAGGAUAAACCGUGGAAGUUUGUGUUUGAAAAAGCUGAAAGUUAAGUUACUAAAUAAUCUCUGACUUAUAGUGUAAAUAUUUUGUAAACAUUCCAUUAAAAAUAUGUUACACAAAAUUUAACAUAUGACAUAUAUUUGUGUAUAUAAAUAAACGCGUGCGUGUUGUAAUAAAUAUAGGGAAAUUUCUUGGAAGGUGGAACUUGGAGGAAAAAUGGACGUUCUCAAACAAGGAUAUAUAUACAAGUACCAUUUCCCUUUGUACUUCAAAAGCAUAGAUGUUUUUUUCUGGUGGCUAGGCUACAAACACCAUCAUUUAAAAUGGCAUGACCGCUUGUUUCUGGCAAUUGGACAAAAGGAUUUUGCAGGACUAUACUCGUAUUAUACCCAAAAAAUCUGUGUUUAAACAUUUCAUGUGAAUUACCAGGACAAAUCAUAUUGUGUAAACGCUUUGAGCUCAUUUUUCUAUGAACAGUUUAUAAGUAAAGUUUUGUUAGUAUCAAGUGGAAGGGUUUCAAACAGUCACACGCGCUGUCAAAAAAAAAAAAAAAACUUAAAAAAAUAAGUGUUUGAUUUGACUUUAUUUUGAUGUUGAUUGUUUACAAUGUUUAGGUGUUAUUUUAAGAUAUUUAGUUCAAAAUGCCUGAAAAUUGCUCUGUUGCAAAUGAAUUUUGCUGUGUUUUACAUACCACGGCAAUGAAGUUAAAUAACAUUUAUUUAUGGAAUUGUGUAAAUAUUAAAUGCAUUUUGAUCUAAGAAUUCGAACAAAUAUAUUGCCAGGCUUGUGUUUAUAUUAUUACCAAAAUCACCGUUUGUUUGCAUAGUCCUUAGUCAUAUACUACAACAUUUAAUAUUUUCAUGCGAGAGUCUUCUUAUUAAAGGGAAAAUCCCUAUUUUCCUCAUAUGGCUUGUAGUCUCUGCAUAAAAUUAUUUGUUUCUAGCAGACGACAUUAAUAAUUAUACCAGGAAGAACAUAUUUUUGCGAAAAUCAUGUAAAGUUCUCAGCAGAUGUUUCAUAAUUUUGAUUAAAAAGUAAACUAGGGAUCCUCUUUUUACGCCCGUCUCUGAAAGAGAGGUGCUUAUCAUGUGAGCAUCCGGUUUGGGCGGGCGGAUGGUCGGUGUCCAAAAUCAUGUCCGUUAUCUUAAGAUAAGUCGAACAGUUUUUGUCCAGACUUGGCGACAAUGUUUUUGGGCAUACUAUCUAAGCCAAGUUCGAUAACCAGAAAAAUCACUCCAGGCACUUUUAGGUUAUGGCCCUUGAAUAACUCGAAAUCUGGAAAUUUAGCAUUGUCCGCCCUUUAAGUCAAACAGUUUUCACCCGAUCUUUACCAACUUGGCGACUAUGUUUAAGGGCAUAAUAUCUCGACCAAAUUCGAUAACAAGCCAAAUCACCCCUGGAACUCUUUGGUUAUGGCCCUUGAAUAACUCGGAAAAACGUCGAAUUUAGCCUUGUCCGCUCUCUAAGUGGAACAGUUUUUUUUCCGAUCUUCCACAAACUUUCAGAUAAUGUUUGUGGACUUAAAAUAUCAGCAAAGUUUGAUAACCAGCCAAAUUGCCAGAGGCACUCUUUGAUUAUGACCAUUGAAUUACUCAAAAUCUGCUAAUGUAGCCCUGUCCGUUCUCUCAGUCGAACAGUUUUCACCUGAUCUUCACCAAACUUGCUGACAAUGUUUGUGGGCAUAAUAUCUCGGCCUAGAUCGAUGACCAGCCAAAUCACUCCAGGCACUUUUCGAUUAUUGCCAUUGAAUUCGACCAAGUUCGAUGAUGGGCGUAUUUUGUGACAGUCUGCCACCAUUGUUGUUUGAUUGUGGAAAAUAGAGAAAAGUAGAAACUUCACAAGUCUUUGUUUGAACAACUAGUUGUAUUGUGAAAAUAUCGGGGUUACUUAAUGAAUUGAAUGAGUAGUUUUUAGCUCGGCUAAUCAAAGAAUAGUAGACCUAUUGGAUUCGCCCAUGCGCCGGCGUCGGCAUCGGCGUCCCAGCUUGGUUAAGAUUUUGUUUGUAAGCUAGUAUCUCAGUAACCACUUGUGAGAAUGGAUUGAAACCUCACACACUUAAUCACUGUAAUAAACUGACUUAAAUUGCACAGGUUCCAUAACUCUAUUUUGCUUUUGUGCAAAAUUAUACCCCUUUGUCGACUUAGAAUUUUUUGUUAAGGUUUUGUAUGUGUGCUGGUAUCUCAAUGGGAAUGGAUUGAAACUUCACACACUUGUUCACCGUCAUCUGACAUGUACUAAGCAGGUCCUACAACUCUUUUUUUUUUUUUCAAAAUUAUGCCCCUUUUUCGACUAAGCAGUUUUUGAUUAAGUUUUUGUUUGUAAGCUGUUAUCUUAGUAUCCACUAAUGGGAAUGGAUUGAAACUUCACACAGUUGUUCACUGUCUUCAUCUGACAUGCACUGUGCAGGUCCCACAACUCUGCCUUUUCAAAAUUAUGCCCCUUUUCGACUUAGCAGUUUUUGGUUAAGUUUUUGUAUAUUAGCUGGUAUCUCAGUAUCCACUAGUGGAAAGGAUUGAAACUUCAAACAGUUGUUCACCCUCAUGAUGCGACAUGCAGUGGAAAGGUUCCGAAACUCUACAUUGCAUUUUUACAAAAUUAUGCCCCUUUUUCAGCUUUUGUAUUCAUUCAAUUGACAAAGCUGUUGAAAUGUCGAGCGUUGCUGUCCUGCAACAGCUCUUGUUUUAUCUCUACUUAGAAUUUUAUAAAGUUGCACUUUUUUCUACAUAUUAAAUAUAUUAAACGAAUAGACGUUGCAAAAAUAUUUUCAUCCAAAAAGUUUGUUUUACAAGAAAAGAGGACUACGGACUAUAACAUAAACAUAAGCAUGUAGAUCCAUUUCUAUUUGAAGAUGAUGUUUUCCUCUCUGAUUUACAGUCAAACCUGUGUUAAAGGCCACUUCUGAACUGAGACCACCUGGCUGUAAAGACCACAUGUUUUGUUUCCUAUUUUAACACAUACAGUGUAUUUUAACAUGUGAAUAAAGAACACCUCCCAAUAAAGACCAUACUUUGACUCUCUCAAGAGUGGUCUUUAUUGACCGGUUUAAAUGUAUAGCAUUUACCAUGUGUAUAUAUAUAUUUGACUGAUAGACUAUUGUAGAUGUAUUGUAUGUUUGCCUUAUGUAAUUUCUAUAAUAUAUAUAUGAACUGUUUUAAGUUUUAA